CGCUGCUAGAGUUUCGUGUUGUUCCUCGGCAUGGCGUCUUGUCUGUGCGUUACAGGUGUCAGGCCCGCCUCUGCCUCGUAACCGAGAAUGCAAGCUCAAGACACUCCCCUCCAAACUUGCAUCGACGAAUACCUACCCCACAGGCGAGGAAAUCUUCAACUGCGUCCAGGUCUAGAAGAGCCCGUCCUGACUCCAGAAACCGGGCCAAUAGCUGACAACAAGCGCGCCCGCUGCAACCUUGCCGUCGCCGCCUACACGUGGGAUCUCAGGCCCCCGCCUCGCUGCCGAGUUUCCCGAGGAGGAACAGAGCUUCGGUUCUGGACGAUCAUUCGCAAGAUCUUGGAGCGAGCAGGCUGGGACAACGCAUGCGUGGGCAUUCGAAAGAACAGCCUCAACCGCCACCGCAACAACAAGGCUGAGACCCAGCGCUGGAGCCCCCUCAAUUCGCAGUUCUUCCUCAACACAAAACUCGUACCACUCUCCGGCAACAUGGGGAACCUCACCACCUUUCCCAAGGGCAGAGAGGAAACGCCCGCUACUACCCAGAAGCGCGAGGCUGCGAAUAAGAACAAGGCACAGUUGCCUACCAAGCGCCCACCCUCUAUGACGAAGACGCGGCUGCUUAAGCAACCGACGAAAGUCACCGACACUGAUAUCGACAAGCUCGUCGACAGCGUCUUCGAAAGGCUAGAGCAGCAAGGCUUGCCUGAGGACACCUUCUACACGACAAACAACGGAUACCAUAUCGGCCAGCACCGACUACAGCCCGAGAAGAAGUGUGGUUUCGAGGAGGACAUCAACAUCCGGCCGAUCACAGACAAGGAGAUGCUGGACAAGGAGCUGGCGUCAGCCUCGCCGGACCCGAUGGACGUGACCAUGCAGUUCGACUCGCCGCCGCAUGAAGAAGAAGAAGAGGAGGAGGAGGAGGAGAUGCCCAAACACCACCCCGCCGACAGGCCUGACACACCGCCGUCAGACGCCGCCGACAACCUCGCCCCCGGCGAGAAUGCCGUCGCCGACGACGGGGACGGGGACGGGGACGGCAAACGGCCGCGCUAA